AUGGCGUCAGCAAUUACCAUCCAAUCCACUCACCACUUGGUAGUGGAAGCCAUUCAUCCUCCUAUUUCCAGUUAUGCCAUUCGGCUUCAACAACAACGACAACAACGACAACAACACUAUGGUGAAUUCCGAACAACAACAGACAAUAUUCGAAAGCGAAGGCUUCAGGAAGCGCUCAUGACUCAUCUCAAAGAACGAACCUUAUUGCAACAACAAUCUUCUGCUUCGUCUGCAACGACCUUGUUUGAAAUUCCUCCACUUCCCAUUACCACCACCACCACCAUGUAUUGUUACCAAAAUGAAAUUGGUCUCUACGAAUUGAAUACGGAAAUGGCAUCAUCAACAACUUCGUGUCAAACUAUCUUUACCUCCUUGGGUGGAGAAGACGAUGACAACAACAACAACAACAAUAAUAACAACAACAAUGACAAUUUCCCAGACUCGACUCGCAAACUGAAUCUAGGAGUCAUCCUCAAAACAAUGGCAUGGUUUACCAUGGGUGCCCUCCUUACCAUUCCCUUUACCGAAUUUGUAUUGGAUCCCUUGGCACUCCUGUGGGGAACCCUCUUUGUGGGAUGGUUGUCAUCCCAUCAUUAUCAUCAUCAUCAUCAUCAUCAUCAGAAUCAUCAACAUGACGAAGAUGCAUCCUCCUAUUAUUAUAAUGACCAUGAGCAUCAUCAUCAUCAUCAUCAUCAGGACUGCAACAACAACAACUAUCCAACAACAAGUCAAACGAUGAUGCCGCAGCAAGGUAAUGAACAAGAUGUAUACUAUCCUGGAUAUACCGAUCGACAAUACUUCAUGACACAAGAAGAAGAAGAUGAUGAAAUGGAAGUAGAGGAGGAGGAGGAGGAGGACGAACAAGCUGGUGAACAAGCUGGUGAACAUUUUGUUGGUGAAUAUACCCAAAUCGCAUCGCAUCAUCUUCCCUUUCACUACGCCCAACAACCACAACAACAGCAACAGCAACAACAACAACAACAACAACAACAACAGCAACAAUCGCCACCAAGAGGAGGAGGUCUAAAGAGACGUGGUAGCCACCGCCGUAAUCGUCCUCGUCGUAGCAUUACCUUUUGUGGCAUUCAAGCGGGAAUGAUUGUUCUGGGCAAUUGGAUGGUCCGGGGUUUGGUGCUGCUGCUGCUUUCCAAUAGCAGCACCACCACCACCAGCAGCCAAGAAGGAAAAUACCAACAACUCGACAACAUGAUUCCAUCUUGGCUCGCCGUCUUUUCGUUUCCCCUCCAAGUGGCAUCGGUCCUUUGUUCCAUGGUGGUCCAAUAUCGAAUUCAACAAUAUCAUCAUCAUCAUCAUCAUCAUAAUAAUAAUGAAGAUGAUUCUACGACUAAUCAAAUGGGAAAAGGUCCUGAUGAUCAUGAUUGGCAGUCCACCACCAAUGCGUUGUUGCCAAAACAAUCGCAACGACAACAACGACAACCACAGCAUUUCAUUUCCCAUUGGCUGAGAUAUUCCAUGGAUCAUGCUGCCAUUCUAGUACCCAUUGCCGUUUGGGUGUUGGAAUUCUUUGCAUCGGAUUCCAAUUGGCUUUGGAAUAUUCUACAAACAGUCUUUAGUCGGCAUUAUCAUCACAAAAAUGCUAUUGUGUUGGGAGGAUAUGCUACCUUCUUUGGUCCCUUUCAUCAGCAACCACCAGCAGCAGCAGCAGAAGCAGCAGCUCUUUGCACUCUUGGGAUUGGAAUGUGA